CACACACACACACAGAGGGAGCAGUGAACUGAGAGGCGAACUGUUGGAAACUACACGGCUCACUGACUGACUGACUGACUGACUGAGAGACUCCUGUUGUAUGUCGCCCUCGUCGCUGCAGCCUCGUCCCCGCAUUUUAUGAGAAAGGACAGAGAGUGUCUCCGCCGCGGUUUUUGGUGCUCCUCUUUAGAGUUUCCUGCUGUUACAUGGUAACACAGAGCUGAAGGCAAGAGGGUGUUGAAGAUGGCAGUGUGGAUCCAGGCCCAGCAGCUCCAGGGAGAUGCUCUGCAUCAGAUGCAGUCUCUGUAUGGUCAGCACUUCCCCAUUGAGGUGCGACAUUAUCUGUCCCAGUGGAUAGAGGGCCAGCUCUGGGAUGCCAUAGACCUGGAGAACCCACAGGAGGAGUUCAAGGCCAAACGGCUGCUAGACAGUCUGAUCCAAGAGCUGCAGAACAAGGCCGAGCACCAGGUGGGAGAGGACGGCUUCCUACUCAAAAUCAAACUGGGACACUACGCCAGCCAGCUCAAGAGCACGUAUGACCGCUGUCCUCUGGAGUUGGUCCGAUGCAUCAAACACAUCCUCUACACAGAGCAGAGGCUUGUCAGAGAGGCCACCAAUUCGAGCUCUCCAGUGGGUGGGAUGAUGGACAGCAUGUCUCAGAAAUACCAACAGAUCAACCAAGCUUUUGAGGAGCUUCGGCUGCUGACCCAGGACACAGAGAAUGAUCUGCGCAAGCUCCAGCACAACCAGGAGUACUUCAUCAUUCAGUAUCAGGAAAGCCUCCGCAUCCAGGCUCAGCUGACCAGCCUGGCCACGCUGCCCCCUGCUGACCGACAGCUACGGGAGCCCACCCUUCUCAGCAAGAGAGCCACUGUGGAGGCAUGGCUGACCAGAGAGGCCAACACACUACAGAAAUACAGACUGGACCUGGCAGAGAAGCACCAGAAAACACUGCAGCUGUUGAGGAAGCAGCAGACCAUCAUUCUGGAUGACGAGCUGAUCCAGUGGAAGAGACGGCAACAGCUGGCAGGCAACGGGGGCCCGCCAGAGGGAGGCCUGGACAUCCUGCAGUCCUGGUGCGAGAAGCUGGCAGAAACUAUCUGGCAAAACAGGCAGCAGAUUCGGAGGGCAGAGCACCUCAGACAACAGCUGCCCAUCCCCGGCCCUAUUGAAGAGCUGCUCAAUGAACUCAACAGUACUAUCACAGAUAUCAUCUCAGCAUUGGUCACAAGCACCUUCAUCAUUGAAAAACAGCCUCCACAGGUGCUAAAAACCCAAACCAAGUUUGCCGCUACCAUCCGCCUCCUAGUUGGGGGGAAAUUGAAUGUGCACAUGAACCCCCCCCAGGUCAAAGCUACCAUCAUUAGCGAACAGCAAGCCAAGGCCCUGCUGAAGAACGAGAACACAAGGAAUGACAGCAGUGGAGAAAUUCUCAACAAUAACUGUGUGAUGGAGUACCACCAGACUACAGGCACUCUCAGCGCCCACUUCAGGAACAUGUCUUUGAAGAGGAUCAAGCGUUCGGACAGACGAGGAGCAGAAUCUGUCACAGAAGAGAAGUUCACAAUUCUGUUUGAGUCCCAGUUCAGUGUCGGAGGCAAUGAGCUUGUCUUUCAAGUGAAGACGUUAUCACUUCCGGUAGUGGUGAUAGUUCAUGGUAGCCAAGACAAUAAUGCCACAGCAACUGUGUUGUGGGACAACGCUUUUGCAGAGCCAGGACGGGUGCCUUUCCUCGUGCCAGAUAAGGUGCUUUGGCCUCAGCUGUGUGAUGCCAUCAAUAUGAAGUACAAGGCUGAGGUGCAGAGUAACCGAGGCCUGUCUGAAGAGAACCUGGUCUUCCUGGCUCAAAAGGCCUUCAGCAGCUCUAGCAACAACCCCGACGACUACCGCAACAUGACUAUGACUUGGUCACAAUUCAACAGGGAAAGCUUGCCAGUGAGGAACUUCACAUUUUGGCAGUGGUUUGAUGGUGUGAUGGAACUCACAAAAAAGCAUCUCAAACCACACUGGAAUGAUGGAGCCAUAUUGGGCUUUGUGAACAAGCAGCAGGCCCAGGACAUGUUGAUGUCCAAACCCAAUGGUACUUUCCUUCUGCGCUUUAGUGACUCUGAGAUUGGAGGAAUUACAAUCGCCUGGGUGGCAGAAAAUCCUAACAAAGCAGGUGAGAGAAUGGUCUGGAACCUCAUGCCCUAUACAACCAAAGACUUUUCCAUUCGCUCUCUGGCUGACCGCAUCAGCGAUCUCAAUCACCUCCUGUUCCUCUACCCCGACAGACCCAAGGAUGAGGUUUUCUCCAAAUAUUACACCCCACCACUCUCCAAAGCAGUGGAUGGCUACGUGAAACCACAAAUCAAACAAGUGGUGCCCGAGUUUACUACAGCUAAUCCAGACCCAGCAAGUGGGAAUCCAACCUAUAUGGAUCACGGAGCCUCCCCGGCACCUGUCAAUCACCCUCACGCCUACGGCAUAUACCCACCUAUGAGUGACUCUAUGUUGGAUGCCGACGGAGACUUCGACCUGGACGACACCAUGGACGUGGCGAGGCAUGUAGAGGAGCUCCUUCGGCGGCCCGUAGAGAGCCAGUGGGGCGGCCAACAGUCCUGACCCUUGACCUUUUAACCCGUGACAACACCAAACAAACCCUGCCUCCUAACUUGCCCCAACUUGCAUUGAUAUUUCUCAUGGUUUAAUUCCAUUCAUUUCUCUUUUUUUUCAGAUAGCUAUAAUGUGAAAUGUUAAUAAUGGUUGUGAUUUUUUUUUUCUGUUCAGCAUGAGAGCAUGCAUGUCAGUGACUUCUCUUAGUUUUAUUUGUGUCCAUAAGUGUUUGUAAAACAGACUAGGUAUAAUGCAAAACCUACAAUGUUACAGUAUUGUGUAAAAGAAAAGAAAAGAAAAGAAAAGGUAAUGUUCAUCCACACUGUGCAUGCAUUUCCAAAUGAUUUUGAACAGAUUUAAAAAAAUAUAUGCUACUGUAUGAAGUCAUUUCAACAUCUGAAUGUUUUUAUUUUGUUAUAUUUUCCGCUUUGUAAAUGGGUUAUCAGUAUUUUGAUAGUGACAUUGAACUUGCCCUAUGAGAAGAAAAAAGAAACUUUUAUUGAAAAGUUUUGCUUUUGCUCUUAACAACAUAAUCUGAGUCAUUGCUCUGCAGAGUUACAAUUUUUUUCAAAUCCAUAUACACUAAAGACAGAGUGACUCUGUUUUCUCUCUGCAACUGACAGCACACACAUCAGCACACGGUACACACGCGCAAGUGUACGAUGCAUUUGUUCUGAUUUGUUCACCAGCUGAAACCCGGGAGGGGGGGUUCAUGCACCUCCCUCGCUCUCACAGGGCUAUUUGUCUUCUGUUUGUACACAGAAAUGCAAAUCUAAGCAUUUACCCAGCGCUGCCUGCUUGUCCUUUCAGCUCCCUCUGUUCCCCUCAUCAACGCUACCUCGCAUUAUUCUACUGACAGUCGUAGUUACUAUUGGAUCUGUUGUUGUUUCUGCACCACAUUUACACCAGUUGGUACGGCCAUUGGGUUUUUGUUCUUGUGAUUUGUGUUAAUGUGUGUGAAGAAGAUAUCCUCGCUGCCCGACGGCUAACUCUGUUGGCUGUUUUAUGCUUGAAACGUGAAGACAUGAAGUGUCAAUGUCCAGCCCCUCCUCUGCCUAUCCGUCCACUUCUCCCUGUAGUUGUGUCAUGACACUGUGGCAAAACCAGCGUGUGUAAGUCACUGUGUGACGUGACCUCACCAGCAGCUGAAGUUGCAAGGCAUAGACAGAUAGAUGCAGGCUUUGAAUGCUUGCCAGACUCACCAGCCACCAGGCCACAUGUAGAACUCAAGGAUGUAGUGCAAUGUCUGUCACUGUGUGUCCCCUUUUUGCUACACAUAAAAGAUGAACAUAAGUACAUGAGUGUAUUAGAAAAGGUUGAGACUUAAUGGUCCUACUCCCGCCACUCACACACACACACACACUCACACACACACACACACACACUCACUCAACCACACAAUGCUGAAUAGUAGAAAAUGUGUCAACAGCCUUGCACCUCAGGAAUGAAUCGCUUUGCUUAGCUGAUGUAUAAGCCAAAUAGAAAUUGAUCAGUGUGUACAGAGUAUAUGAAUUUAUUUUCUCUAUCAUAAUUCUAUUUUAUUAUUGUUUCUCUGGCACUCCCCCUACUGAAUGUAAACCCUCUGCAUGACCCUGUUGAGGAUAUAUGUAAAAAUACCUCCUCAGUCCGAGUUUCAAGUCUUGUAUCACUAGACACACCAGUUGAUAAGUACGCAGAGCAACUGGAAUUCAGAGAAUUUAGGAUGUACUUUUGUGUUUGUCUGACAGACAUUACAGUAUUAAAGAUAUUCCUUCGACUAUCUUUUCAUUUCUUCCGCAACUUUCUUUUUUUUUUUUUGUAUUUUGCUUUCUUUCCUGUUUUUGAAAUCUCAAGCUACAUGGGCCGUCUUGUGAUAUAUCCUUCAUUACCAUUAUUCUCAUCAUUUCUAAAGCUUUGUUCCACUGUAGACUGUGUAUUUUAUUUUUCUUUUGAUGAUGUAGAUGGCGUUGUGUGCUGUUCGAUGUAUGUACCAUGUUUGUGGUUUGGGUUUAUCAGGUUUUCCAAGAGAAACAGCUGUUGAGUUGAAAAGAGGAAAAUAAAGUUUUAUAAAUAAUUUUAACUCAA